CCUCCCCCUCACUCACCCUCUCCCCCCUCAGCUACUCAAUCGAUAAAUCACUGCCCAAGUGCGUCAAGCCGGCAGAGAGGAAGAUAAGUAGUCUGCACUCCAUCCAACCUACCAAAAACGAACAACGACCAAAAAGUUCCAACAACCCAAAAAGUCGACCACUUCGCGUCACAAAACUAGGCAUCUCAUCUCAUCAUGCCCCCCGUCUACGUCAAGCCUGAGAACGCGCUGAGGCGCGCCGAGGAGCUCCUCGCGCUCGGCACCACCCAGUCGCAGGCACAGGCCUUCGAGUUCCUCUCCGAGGUUUUCCUCUCGAAGCGCUUCAAGCACGCCCCCAUCCCCACCCUUGAGCCCAUCAUCAUCAAGUACCUCGACCUCUGUGUCUCGCUCCACCGCAAGUCGGACGCUCGCGAGGCCCUCGUUCAGUACAAGAAUGCUGCCCAGAACGUCAACGUUGCCUCGAUCGAGAAGGUCCUUCGCCACUUCCUCGACCAGUCGGAGAGCAAGCUCAAGGCCGCCAUGGAGCAGGCCGCCACCGAGGUGGCCGCUCUCCCUGCCUCGUCGGCCGAGCCCGAGGACGACGAGCUUCCCCUCCAGCCCCUGACCAUGCUCCAGGACGCCUUCAUUGACAGCGCUGGUGACCGCGAGCGCAUCGAGCGCCGCCUCAUCGGCCCUGCCCAGAAGUUCUGCUGGGACUCGUACGACGUCGCCCUCGACAUUGCCAAGGGCAACGACCGUCUCGAGAUCAUCUACCAGGAGAUUGCUCACCGCGCCUUCAAGUUCUGCAAGGAGCACUCGCGCAAGUCCGACUUCCGCCGUCUUUGCGAGCAGCGUCUCCGCAAGGACCUUGCCAACGCCACCAAGUAUGGCCACCAGCAGCACGCCGUCAACCUCGCCGACCCCGAGACCCUCUCGCGUCACCUCGACACUCGCUUCCUUCAGCUCGAGACUGCCGUCGAGCUCGAGCUCUGGCAGGAGGCUUUCCGCUCGGUCGAGGACGUCCACGGCCUCGUUGCCGGCAAGAAGGGUGCCAAGCCCUCCAUGAUGGCCAACUACUACGAGAAGCUCACUCAGAUUUUCGGUGCCGAGGGUGGCAAGCAGACCGCCGUCUUCCACGCCGCCGCCUGGGCUCGCUACUACCAGUACGCCGAGCGUGCCGGCACUGUUUCGGACCGUGCCCCCGCCGCUGUCCUUCUCUCGGCCCUCGCUGUCCCUCUCGGUGACGUUGAGACCAAGCAGCGUCUUGUUGCUCUCCUCAACCUCCCCAAGAUGCCUACCCGUGAGGCCCUUGUGAAGGACGCCGGUGCCAAGCACCUCAAGCGUGUCCCCGCCGACGUCCGUCAGCUCUACAACAUUGUCGAGGUCGACUUCCAGCCCCUCAAGGCUUGCAAGCUCCUCGCUCCCAUUGUCGCCAAGCUCCCUGCCGACUUUGCCGCCUACCUCCCUGCCCUCCGCGACGUCGUUCUCUCCCGCCUUAUCCAGGAGCUCUCGCGCGUCUACGAGACCAUCUCCCUCCAGUACAUCCUUUCGCUUGUCAAGGCCUUUGACGGCGGACCCUGGGAGACUGACAUGCCCGCGCUUGAGAAGUUCCUCAUGACUGCUUCGCGCCGCGGUGACCUCAACGCCACUGUUGACCACGUCGCCAAGACUGUCAACUUUGCCGCUCCCCCCGCGGACCUCAACCGCCUCUCCAACCUGGCCGUCUACCUCCACAGCGCCAUCCAGUACCUCAACCCUACCCCUGUUGUCUCGCGUGCCGAGGCCUUCGCUGCGGCUCUUGCCGAGGCCGAGGAGGAGCGCAAGCAGAUUGCCCACCGCCGCCUCAUUGUCCAGAAGCGCCGCGAGCUUCUCGAGGAGGCCAACCUCCGUCGCGAGCGCGAGGAGUCUACUGCCCGUGCCGAGCGCGCCAAGCAGCUCGCCGAGGAGACUGCCCGUGCCCAGAAGGAGGCUGCUCGCCAGGCCGAGCUCGACCGCCUGCAGAAGAUGAUGGACGAGACUCGUCGCGAGGAGGCCCGCAAGCUUGCCGAGCAGCUCGCCAACAAGAACGGUCUCAAGGUCGACGUCGACGCCAUCAAGGACGAGGACCUUGACACGACCAAGAUUGUUGCCAUGCAGGUCGAGCACAUUGCCAAGGAGAAGCGCGAGCUCAACGAGCGCCUGCGUAUCAUUGCCAAGCGCGUCGACCACCUCGAGCGUGCCUACCGCAAGGAGGAGCGCCCUCUGCUUGUUACCGACUACGAGCGCCAGAAGGAGGACGACCGCAAGGCCCACGACCGUAUCAACGCUCAGGCUCGCGAGGCUGCUAUCACCCAGCAGAAGUACGCUAUCGAGCUCAAGGCCCGUCUUGGCCGCAUGAUGCCCGACUACGCUCUCGCCCGCUCGGCCGUCGAGUCGCAGCAGCAGGCCGAGUUCGAGGCCGCCCGCAAGGCCGCCGCCGCCAAGAUUGCCGAGGAGAAGUCUCGCUUCCUUGCCGGUGUUCUCGCCCGUCACCGUGCCGAGAAGGAGGCUCGUGAGCAGAGGGAACGCGAGGCCGAGGAGGCCGAGCGUGCCGCCCGCGCCCGCGAGGAGGAGGAGGCUCGUCUCACCGCCGAGCGCGCCGAGGCCGAGGCUCGUGCCGCCGCCGAGAUUGAGCAGCGCAAGAAGGAGGCUGCCGAGCGCGCCGCUGCCCAGAAGGCUGAGCGUGAGGCUGAGCGCGCACGCGACGCGGAGAAGAUCCGCCAGCAGCGCGAGCGUGAGGAGGAGGCUGAGCGCCGUCGUGCUGAGCGUUCUGGAUCGGGUGCCGGAUACCGCCGACCAGAGCCUGCAGCUGCCGCCGCCGCCCCGAGCAGCGGCGGUUACCGCCCCCCUGCUGUCGCUGCUGCCGGUGCCGGUGGCGCUGGUGCUGCCGCUAGUGGUGGUGGAGGAUGGCGUGAGCGUCUCGCAGCCAAGAAGGCUGCUGAGGCUACCGGUGGUGCCCCUGCUUCGCCCGCGACCCCACCGCCGCAGAGCCCUGCCGCCAACGGUUCGCCGGCCGAGCCAUCGCCGGAGCGUGGCGGCGUCUACAGGCGCGGCAUGGGUGUUCCCCGUGGUGGUGGCGCCGGUGGUGGUGCUCGCACCCCGUCGGGCCGUGGCGGUGCUCGCUGGUAGGAGGACGGGAGUAGGGGAGAUUAGACCGUUGUAGUCUUGCACGGUGCAUGCAUCUUUGGACCAUGUGA